AUGCAGCUGAGACCCGACUUGGCCUUCCGCCACAGCGAGCCUGCGGCCCCGGAGCCGCCGAAGCAGCAGGGCUUCCACCUGCUGGGGGUCAGCUCCUUCGACCUCUUCCCCGCGUCUUGGAGCGAAGUGACGAAUCUGAGUCUCAUCUCCUGGUUCUUCCUGAUCUGCUUUCCGCGCUGGUCGUUCCUCAAGCCUGCCGUCUUCUUGGGGCCCAUCAUCAACGCGGUGAUCUACUGCGUGGUGAUCCUCUACACCGUGCGCAACCCCGACGCGCCCCAGGGCAGCAUCCAAAGUCUCGAAGGCAUCGCUGCUUUCUUCUCGAACUCCGAUGCGGCCGCUGUCUUUGCAGGCUGGUUGCACUAUUGCGUCUUCGACCCACUGGUUGGACUGGGGGAGGUCUUGGACAGUCAAAAGCUCAAGGUGCCGCAUUUGUUGGUGGUGCCCUGCCUGCUCAUGACGAUGCUCGCUGGCCCCGUGGGCUUUCUCAUGUACCUCUCCGUGAGGCAGGGAGUGUUCGGGGUCCAUGGCUAG